AGAGAACCAGAGGCUAUCUGAUGAGCAGGUGAAUUCUGAUUCGUGUUUGAAGUUCAAAAAUGAAAAUGGUCAGAGUUUGUAACUCUCAUGAAAUGUUGGGAUGGAUUACAUUGGUGAGAAGAUAUUGUUCCAGCGAAUCAACUAGGGAUGUUUUAGUUACAAGCAAAAAAAUUUGUAAAAUCGUGUCUUCUUCUUCACCAGUGGUGCUUGAUACUGCUCUUGAUCAAAGUGGGCUAAGGGUUUCGCCUGAAAUAGUGGAGGAUGUUCUUAAGCGGUUUGAGAAUGCUGGCAUAUUGGCUUAUAGAUUCUUUGAAUGGGCAGAGAAGCAGCGAAAUUAUAUGCAUAGUGUUAGGGGUUAUCAUACCAUGAUUGGAUCUUUGGCUAAGAUUAGGCAGUAUCAAAUCAUGUGGAAUCUUGUGAAUGCGAUGAAGAGCAAGAGCAUGUUGAACGUCGAGACGUUUUGUAUUAUUAUAAGAAAGUAUGCAAGGGUUCAGAAAGUGGAGGAAGCAAUUUAUACUUUUAAUGUCAUGGAGAAGUAUGGCGUGCUGCCGAACUUAGCAGCUUUCAAUGCCUUACUAAGUACUUUAUGUAAGACUAAGAAUGUGAGGAAAGCACAGGAGAUUUUCGAUGAAAAGAAAGAGCGAUUUGUUCCGGACACAAAAACUUAUAGUAUUUUGCUCGAAGGAUGGGGCAGGGCUCCAAAUUUGCCCAAGGCUAGGGAGAUCUACAGAGAGAUGAUUGAUAUGGGUUGUGUCCCAGAUAUUGUGACCUAUGGUAUAAUGGUUGAUGUUCUCUGCAAAGCAGGCAGCGUGGAUGAAGCAAUUGCAAUUGUUAGGGAAAUGGAUUCCAAUGGUUGCAGACCGACCUUAUUUAUAUAUAGUGUUUUGGUCCAUACUUAUGGGAUAGAAAACAGAAUUGAAGAUGCCAUUGAUGUAUUCUUAGGGAUGGAAAGAAAUGGAAUCAAGGCUGAUGUGGUUGUGUAUAAUGCUCUGAUUGGUGCUUUUUGUAAAGUAAACAAACUAAAGAAUGUGUAUAGGGUCUUAAAUGAGAUGGAUUCUAAGGGCGUGGAACCAAAUGCUAGGACUUGCAAUAUCAUUCUUAACAGCUUGAUAGGCUGCGGAGAGACCGAUGAAGCUUUUAAGGUGUUCCGCAGGAUGAUUAAAGAAUGUGAACCAGAUGCAGACACAUAUACAAUAAUGAUAAAGAUGUUCUGUGAGAGAGAUGAGUUAGAAAUGGCAUUUAAAGUGUGGAAGUUCAUGAAAUUGAAGCGGUUUAUCCCAAGCAUGCAUACAUAUUCAGUUCUCAUAAAUGGAUUAUGUGACAAGGGAAAUGCUGCUAAGGCUUGUGUCCUACUAGAAGAGAUGUUGGAAAAAGGCAUUCAGCCCUCGGGCUCAACAUUUUGGAGGCUAAGGCAAUUGCUUGUAAAAGAAGGGAGAGAGGAUGUACUUAAAUUUCUUCAGGAGAAAAUGAACCUCCUUAUUAAGGAGCCUUUAUAUGAUUGAAGAAUUAUGCUUUUUACUUGUUGAUGGUGCUGGACAUAUGGAAUUCAAAUACCUGAUUAUCACAUGGAAAUAAGAGUACAGAGCAAUUUGUGUUGGUAAAUUCUCUUAUUUUCAUCAUAAAUGUUGUGACAAUUGGUUGUGUCACACGUAAAAGAAAGAAAACUUUUGCACUUCUGUUUUGUUUUCAUUCUCCUCCAAAAGGUUUCGGUCAUGCCUUCACCAUUCGAUGUGUAACUGAAUCAAACACCCUUUAGUUAUAAGAAAUAGCUACAAGAAAUUGUCCAACUCGAGUUGUCACUUAAAAGAAUGGGUUAGAAACUCGAUUAAUGCUUUCGUAAGAAUGGUUAUUCUCUUGUAAUGCUGCACAAUGGGGUAAACUUCAUUGUAUGCAUCCGCUGGUACUAUAAUUUAGUCAAUGCGUUUCAAGUUUUCAUAACUUUAGUGCCUG